AUGAAGGGCAACGACGAAGUCACCCAAGAAUUCAAUGAAGUCGUCAAUAUGACGGCCUCAGAUCUUGAGAAGUGGCUCAAGUCAGAUGACUCCAACAGCGCAGGCUGGCCCAAGGAGGACGAGAAUGGCGAGACUGUUGGCCAUGACAGUGGUCGCAAGAUCGUGGAGAUCUUGAAGGAGAACCCCAAGAAGGAUCCUAAGAAGUACACGGAUGAGCAAAUCCAGCAUAUGCGCAAGGUUGUUUCAUACUGUAAGCGCCAUUUAGCACAGGAGACAAAGUCAAACAACGACAAGUCCCCCGAGGAGGUCAAGAAGACCAAGUCAUACGCAUCGCUUAAGAAUUGGGGUCACGAUUUCCUCAAGGCUCAAGGAAAGCAGAGCGGCAGCAGCAAGAAGGACGACGAAGAAGAUGAAGAGGAAGAAGAAGAAGAAGAAGAAGAAGAAGUGGACGAGGAUGCUGAAGAGGAGCAGGAAGAGAACGACGAUGAGGAGAAGAAUACUGGCGAGAAGCGAAGAGCAACUCGAAGCCAGACUGGCGCUAACAAGAAGCGAGAGACCCGAAAGGGAGAAUCCACAAAGUCCAAUGAUGAUGAUGAAGAGGAGGAGGAGGAAGAAGAAGAGGAAGACGACGAUGACUCCGAGAAGAAACAGGCACAGAAGAAGCAGUCCAACAGCAAGAAGUCCAACGGCAACACAAAGAAGUCUGAACAGGCCGAAGACGACGAUCAAGAAGAGGAUGACGGUGGUGACGACUCAGGCGCAAAGAAUGGUCCGAAGAAGGGCGAUACCGUAAGUUGGAACUGGGGUCAGGGACAGCCCAAGGGCAAGGUUUUGGAUGUCAAGGCUGAAGAUACUUCCAUCACAACCAAGAACGGUAAUGAGGUCUCCAGAAAGGGAGAUGAGGAGGAUCCAGCUGUUGUUAUAGACACGGGCAAGAACAAGGCGAUCAAGAAAGCUCAUGAGCUGAACUAA